AUGCCGAACAACAGCCACAGAGGCUGUAGCAGUAGCGACGACGGCAGAGUGGUGCAUCAUCACCACCACAAGGGUCGCAUGAGAGGUGCCAGCAUAAUAGCCUCAACCAAGAGAACCGGCACCAUGAGACUCGGUCCGACGAUGAACUCCAAGACCACCACGACGACCACGAGAGCACCGCAAGUACCACCAACACAAAGCUGCUCCACAAACGGCCACAGCAACGCCCUCGACAAGGACCAAGACCAGAACAGGCUCGACAAGACUCCAGGCCAUAACAACCAAGACCAAGAGAGCCAGAUCCACGAGAGCCAGAAGCAUGAGAGCCAUAGCAAAGUGCCAGAACCACUAGUACCAGAACCACGCAGGGUGAGGCCACAAGAAGCAAGACCACGAGGACUCGUGGAUGACCAUAACACCACCGAGACCACCAAGUACAGUGAAAACACCAGCACCGCGGAAACCACCGAGACGGCGAGAAACGUCCACACCGCGAAGACGGCGAAGAGGCGACCUGAAAGAGUGGCGUGUGAUGCUUGUCUCGAUGCCAACGACAGUGACAACGGUGACGAUGAUGACGACUGUCAGAUUUGUGACGACAUAGGGCAAGUGGACGAGAGCGACGAAGGCGACGAGAGCGACGGCGAUGAUGUGCGGACCAUGAAAUGGUUGCCGGUGAGCCGCGAAAGAUCUUACCCCUGGAAGACACCUUCCUCGACUUCAGCUAACCACACCAAGGUUAUAGCCGUACAGAAAAGCAUUGAAGAACCAGCUCCCCAAGUCUUGUUGCUUCAGGAAGCUAUUCUCGCACAGCUCAGCAAUAACCCCUCUCGCUCUCGUUCCAGGUAUUCCAUAUAUCGACUGCCCCUACUACCACGUUCACUGGCAACAGUUGCUGGCCCUAGCUAA